AUGGCCCAUCUGAAGCAAUACAAAUACCAGAGCGUGGACAAAUCGUUCAUUUCGAAUUAUAUCCUCCGGCAUUAUUGGAAUGGCGCGGUCAAACUCUUACCGAUGUCACUCGCUCCGAACAUGGUCACUCUGAUAGGCUUUGUCUGUAUCUUGGUCAAUGUUCUCUUUUUGCAGAUCUUUUGCCCAGAUCUCGUUGGACCUGGACCGUCGUGGUUAUACUACAGCUUUGCUUUAGGGUUAUGGGCAUACUCCACGAUGGACAAUAUCGACGGGAAACAGGCCCGAAGAACUGGCACUUCGAGUGGUUUAGGAGAGCUAUUCGACCAUGGCAUCGACUCGUUGAACUGCACUCUAGCGAGCUUAUGCGAAACAGCUGCCAUGGGUUUGGGAACGAGUAAGACUGGAGCCUUCACCGCCCUCGUUCCUACAUUGCCGAUGUUUUUCUCCACCUGGGAGACAUACCAUACCCACACCUUAUAUCUUGGUGCCUUCAAUGGCCCUACCGAGGGCUUGAUCCUGGCCUGCAUGGCUAUGGUCAUUUCGGGUUAUUAUGGGCCUCAGAUCUGGCAAUCUCGGAUUGCCGACGUUGUCGGUUACAAAGAAUACUUGGACGAUCUUACCUUCCGAGACCUCUGGGUGCCUAUCAUCCUUUUUGCAUUUUUUACAGCCCAUCUUCCGGCUUGCGUAUACCACGUCGCCCAGGCCAGACGCCGCAACAAUCUCCCAAUAUUACCUGUAUUCUUGGAGUGGAUUCCUAUGAUUGUUUUCACAGCAUCAUGCGCCGCCUGGUUCGGAUCUCCAUACUCACACCUAUUGCGAGACAACCAUCUAGUCGCCUUCUGCCUGACGAUGUCCUUUGUCUUUGGGAGACUGACCACCAAAAUCAUCCUUCACCAUCUUACUAAGCAGCCCUUCCCGUAUUGGACCAUCUCGAUGGUUCCCCUGGUCAUCGGCGCAGUCUUGGCUUGGUUGCCACUCUUUGGCCGGGAGCCAAUAUCUCCCGGGUUUGAAAGGGCUUACAUCUACGCCUAUCUGCUUUUUGCAAUGGUCCAAUAUUUCGUCUGGGCGGUUCGAGUCAUCAACAGGAUCUGUGAAGUCCUGGACAUCAACUGCCUAACAAUCAAAAAGAGAGGGCCUAACGAGAAGGCAGCUCAAAUCCAGUCAAACGGAGAUGUGCAGAAGACUGAGAAAACCCUGUAG